AGAUGUAUUCCUUCACAUUUUAAAUGUACCAGCUGCGUAUCACAGCCGCAUGAUGGAUCCAGUACUGCAAGAGAUAGCAGGAAGCCUUUCUGAGUUAGCGAAACAGAAGCCUGAACUAGAGCUGAUCUCGACAGUGACUGGGAGGGCUGCCUCAGGAGAUGACAUUGUGUCGGGCAGCUACUGGGCCAGACAGGUCCGAGAUCCUGUCGUGUUUUCCCAGGCCAUUGUGACCUCCAUGAAAGAUAAGCCCAACGUUGUGUUCGUUGAAAUGGGUCCCCACAGAGCCCUGCAGAGGAACAUUAUUGAAACAUUAGGAAAGCAAACUAAAGUCUUUCCUUCCUUGCAAACUGGCAGAGAGUAUGAGGCACUUCUUGCACUCGUGAAAGGCCUGUUUGAACUGGGGUUCAAUCCAGAUUGGCCACAUCUCUAUGAUGGAUAUCAAAGUGUGCCA